AUGUUUCUGGCCCUGGCGUUGCUAUCUGUGAUACAGGAGGCCUCUAGUGUUGUGGACUGUAGGCUCGCUUGCAGGAGAUGCAGGGAGAAAUCAGAUUUGUUCGAGAUGGUCGAAGUGUACUGCGCCAUGUGUAACGAAUGUAAGGAGAGACGGAUAGAGCGAAUGCAGGCUGCCACGACCACCUUUACCGACAAGACCGAUUGUUAUCCAAUGCAGGAGAUGCCCGACUGUCCAGAGCCAUCUUGCGAAGAGACAGAAAGCACUAAGAAGAUACCGCUAAAGAAAAUAGUUACCACCACAAGUACCACGACAUCGACCACAACACAUCGCCCGUGCCCAACGCAGCCCUGCAAAAAACCCACUCCCUGUUACUGUCUUCCGUUUCAGCCGGUCGCCAUGUGCCCUUGCCCAGAACCAAGUCAAGCUACUACCGAGAUUUUCAAACAGAAGCUGCACCUCGCGACAAAGAAUAAGGACUUCAUGUAUGCGUAUGUUGGCGUACCGAAGUAUGUUUUAAAUGAACAAUAG